AUGGCCGUUUGCAUCGCAUCGGCGCAAUUAAACUUUCCGUCUUUCACAACCAAAUCUCCCUCCUUCGCGCCACGCCACGUCAGCGCCAAAAUGUCCAACCAAUCACCAAAACCCACCAGCAGCAUCUUCACCUCCGCCACAAAGCUACUCUGGGGCCCAUCUCUCCCUCCGGGUCUACUCAUCUCCACCGCUCGAACAGCCUGGUCCACCGUCUGGCAUCUCAUGAUGACCCAGCUCGCUCCAUCAGACUCUUCCGGGUCAUACACCCGACCCACUUCCCAAUUCCGCCUCGACCCGACCCAAUUCCCUUCCCUCGCUUCUUCGGAUCUCCACCUCUACGUCGGUCUCCCUUGCCCCUGGGCUCACCGAACGCUACUCGUACGCGCUCUCAAGGGUUUGGACGACGCCGUAUCGGUCUCAGUCGCGUCGCCCGGUCAAGACGGUUCGUGGGAGUUUAAGGAUAAUAAUAAUGUCCCGGUUAGGGAUAAGGAUAAACUUGUACCGGGUUUGGAUAAGGUAAACCGGUGUCGGAAUCUGAUGGAAGUGUAUAAAUCGAGAAGUGGUGGUUAUGACGGGAGAUGUACGGUUCCGAUGUUGUGGGAUUUAAGGAAGAACGAUGUUGUCUGUAAUGAAAGUUACGAUAUUAUCGAGUUUUUUAACUCUGGUCUGAACGAAUUCGCUAGGAACCCUAACUUGGAUCUCACGCCACCAGAAUUGAAAGGAAAGAUUCAAUCUUGGAAUCAGAUUGUGUACCCUAAAGUUAACAAUGGCGUUUACAGGUGUGGAUUUGCGCAGAGUCAAGAGGCGUAUGAUCGAGCAGUAAAUGAACUUUUUAGUACCUUAGAUGAGAUUGAAGAUCACUUAGGUAGUAACAGAUACUUGUGUGGAGAAAGGUUGACACUGGCUGAUGUUUGUCUCUUCACAACUCUGAUUCGUUUUGAUCCUGUUUACAACAUUCUGUUCAAAUGCACUAAGAAGAAGCUCGUUGAGUACACAAAUCUCUACGGAUAUUUGCGCGACAUUUACCAAAUUCCUGGUGUUGCGGCUACUUGUGAUAUUCCCGCUAUAAUGGAUGGCUACUACAAAACGCUGUUUCCUCUAAACGCAAGUGGAAUCCAACCGGCCAUUUCUUUAUCUGGCGAUCAGGAUUCUCUCUUGAUUCUUCAUCAUAGAGACUCGGUGGGUAAAGCCGUUGAAGCACAGCAUGCGGUUUAA